AUGGCAACCAGCAUCACCGUAGACUCGGCAGUCUCGCAGGAUGACCUGGAAAUCCCGCUCAUCGAUUUCUCCGCCUUCCUCUCUGGCAAUCCCGACGCAAAGAAGCAAACCGCUGACGCCGUCCUCAAAGGCUUCCAGAAUGCCGGCUUCAUCUACCUCAAAAACCACGGCAUCCCCGAGUCCACAGUAUCCACAGUCUUUUCCCACUCGGCCAAGUUCUUUGCCAGACCCCAGGAACAGAAAGAUGCGCUGGCAUGGUAUUCGGCUGUUGCCAACCGCGGCUACGUGACCCAAGGACGCGAGAAGCUCGUGGUGCUAGAGGAGACGGGCACAGAGGCGCAGAUGCGCGCACUAAUUCCAGAUCUGAAGGAGAGCAUGGAAAUUGGGCGUGAUGAUCAACCUGAGUGGCCCAAUAUGUGGCCCAGUGGAGACGACGAGGCCAAGGUGUUUAGGGAGCAGAUGAUGGCUUUCUUUGAGACGUGCAAGACGCUGCACAUGUACGUCAUGCGUGCGAUUGCGCUCGGCAUGGGAAUCGACGAGAAGUGGUUUGAUGGCUUCACAGAUGCCGGCGACAAUACGCUGAGAUUACUGCACUACCCGGGUGUAUCCAAGAGUGUCUUUAAGAGGAACGACGGGCAGUUGCAGGUUCGCGCAGGAGAACACAGCGAUUACGGCUCAGUAACGCUGCUCUUCCAGGACUCCCGCGGCGGGCUCCAGGUCCGCUCGCCAAAAGGCACUUUCGUCAACGCCACGCCCAUUGAAGGCACCAUUGUCGUCAACGCAGGCGAUCUGCUUGCGCGCUGGUCCAACGACACCAUCAAAUCUACAAAGCACCGUGUUGUCGAGCCGCCGCCAAAGCCAGAAGAUGCAGAUAAGGAUGAGUACCCCCCGCGGUACUCGAUAGCCUACUUUUGCAACCCCAACUACGAGCGCAGUAUCGAGGCUAUCCCGGGCACGUAUGAGCAGGCGGGCAGGAAGUACGGCGAUGUUUUGAGUGGGGAUUAUAUAGUGCAGAGAUUGACGGCGACAUAUUAAUGACUUGACACGUUAACAAGAAUGUAAAAAAAAUCACCUCAUAAUGCGGAGGCGAUCAAGACAUGCACGUGUAAAUUAACAUCAAACUAUUACUAUUACACAACUGAAUA